AUGAUCGUGAUCCUCUCCGCGCCGCCUCUUUUUCACCCGUACAACACCUCGGCCGACAUGCAUCGAAUAGGUCCUCGACUUCCCUACCGCGUUUUCACCCAGCGUCCGAUUGUGCCUGCAAGGGCCAGGGUUCUCACUCCUUCACCUUUGACUCGCUAUUGCCUGUCGUGCCGCCUUAUCUCUAGCACGCCUGUCCUACUGAAGAAGAAGGACAAGACGAAAGCCUCGGUAGCCGAACCGCCUCUGACUUCGAGCGACGCUUCAGAAGAUCCGUACCAUCUCUCUCAGCUUGAGAUUGGCAUUAAGACAGCUCUCGCUCGCUUGAAAGAUGACUUGUCCAACUUGCGUGCUGGAGGUCGAUUCAACACUGCGUCGUUAGAGGGCCUCAAGGUCCAGCUGGGCAAGGAUGCCCAUGACUCAAUCCGACUACGUGAUUUGGCUCAAGUCGUGCCAAAAGGUGGUCGAGUGGUGGCUAUCCUGGUAGCCGAAGAAGAGCACAUCAAACCAGUCACCUCGGCAAUUGUCUCUUCGAACCUUUCCCUGACGCCUCAAUCCGACCCGCACAACCCUCUACAGCUGAACAUUCCUAUUCCACCUCCGACCAAAGAGUCUCGCGACCAGAGUGUUCAGGCGGCUAAGCAAGCUUUGGAAAAGGCAGCUAAUGCAGUUCGGGACUCUCGAGGGGCCACGCAUAAGCGUCUGCAGGACAUGCAGAAAAAGAAACUCGCACGGCCUGAUGAUGUGCGAAAAGCUCAUGAUCAAAUGGAAAAGACGGCAGAUAAGGGCCAAAAAGAGGCAAAGGACCUCUUCGAUGAUGCAAAGAAGAUGCUGGAGCAAGUAUGA